AUGCAGCCGUGGUACAAUAAACUGGGCCGCCAGGGACGCCAAUUGGCCGAGCAAUGGCGGACAGCGGGAGAGCCGUGGGGUGUCGCCACUCCGACCCCUCUGGACUACUUGUUUGACGAGCUAAUCACUCCCAAAUCGUCCACUACCCCAGACAGGAUCCUAUCGUACCUGGCAUACUACUAUCCAAAACUAAAGAACGAAAACAACGUUGAGCUUUUGACGCUGUGUUUUCUGCGCUGUCCGCUUUUCUUCAACGACGCCCAGCUGGUGUCGUUCAACGACAACUAUCGCGUUAUCGAAUGCUUCAAGUACAUCAUGGACAAGAAGUUCCAGAUCAGCCAGCCGACGCUGCCCUUCCACAGGUUCUACAAUGCGCUGUUUGGAGCCGUGGCAAAGGUUGCCGCAGACCCCGCGAGCGCGUGGAAAGUGGUUCCCGUGGUAGUGGGGUGUCUGCUCUCUGCUGACUCAAGAGACGACUACGACAGGUAUCCCGAGCACUUUCAGCUGAUUGCGAAAAUCGACGCCAAGUUUGUGGGCAUUGCGGCAAACACACUGGAACGGAGCAUGGACGGGCCGCUUUCCAAAGAUCUGCUGUGUCUCAAUGUGGUUGCCUUGUCCUGUGUCCAGGACAAGCUUGUCGACCCGCAGCUUUUGCGAAUUCUGCGAGUCAGGUCGGACAUUCUGAAAAUCCUCACAGAACUCACGUUCAACUCGCCGUACGGUCUUGACAAUGGCCGGGUUAUAUUUAAUGGCGAACCAAACACACCCAUCGUUGUCAGACAUUUGAAUCGGAUCUCGUUUCUGUUCGCCAAGCUCACGUCGAUCCAUCCAAAAGUCGCUUUGUUGGUGGACGAUCUGGAUCUGAUUCUGAACAGGAUCCAGACGUUCAGCGAGAACGUGUUGAGCGUCCGAAAUCCAACAGAACCGCAAUGGAGCACACUAAGAGUGGUCUUGUUUGCCCAAUUGAUGAUGUUUGAAGGAAUUAUGGCCCGUUUCUUCCAAAUCAACGACCAUUCUCUCAACACAGCCGUCCUACCCACCCUGAGCCGGAAAAUCCUCUCAACACUGCUCAACUUCAAUUUUGUCGUCGACAGGAUCGGCACCGGCGGCUUCGAGAGCUACAAUUUCGUCUACGCGUCGUGUCUCAGCGCGCUCACGAGCUACGACAUCUCCACGGCAGAAACGCUCAUCAAGUGCUGGACCAGCAGCAUAGCAUUCAACGAGAUCGAUAACUCUGCCGCAGAGCGCGGGAAACUGCUGUUUGAUCUCCAGUUUAUUGAAAACGUCGUCAAUUUGGUCUCCGACAACCUGAAAUUCGACUUCAUCAUUCCCAUAGUGCAAGAUCUCAUCGGCAGGUCGCGCGACCAGGCCGUUUUGGAGACCGCGCACUCAGUUAUGGUCAAAUACUACACCAGCGUCGACACCUACAACGAGGCCCAAUUGGUGGACUACACGAACAACGUCAAACAUGUCGGGGCGCAACUGAUCGACUACCUCACGCUGGCCCUGGAUCAGUUCCCGGCCCGGUUGUCUCUGAGCCAAGUCGGCGUUAUUGUCGAAACACUCGCCAAAAUCACGUUCCCAGACACUGCCGUGCACGAGUGCGAUCCGGACCUGUACCGAGAGCUCCUUUUGCUCGUUUAUAACAGAUGUCUCGUUGCCACGAGCGAAAAGCUCCCAGACGCUCAAGAUCCACCAAGAACACGCCACGGAGCGUUCACGUCUCUUCUGAUUAAAAUUCUUCCCCUGGUACCGUUCGAAGAAUACCAAUCGUGGCUGGAAAGAACUCUCAGUCUUGCGUUCCGCACCGUCGGCGACGAGCGCACGUACCUCCUGGACUCGCUAUGGGACAGCAUUCUGGGCGCAAACAGACACUAUCCGCAGAAAGGGUACGUUGGCAUCCAAUGGUGGUACGAACAUGUCAACCAGAAUCAGGAAAAAGCAAAAUUAUAG